CGAUGGCACAUGUGGAUAGGUAGAAUUUUUCGAUGGAACACCGGAAAUAACGUCAUGAAAACGCGCCUAAACCGGAAGUCAAGUAGUCUGCAACAGAAAGUGGAAGAAACGGAAUCAAAAUGAACAGCAGAGGUUUACGUUCUCAGCUGAAGGACAGUGUUCCUGUGGCAGGUCUGUGCCCUCAUGGAACUUACGGCCUGCAGGACUCUCUGAGAUCAGGUUUCAGCAGUGUUAAAAAUGAGCUCCUCCCGAGUCAUCCCCUGGAGCUGUCGGAGAAAAAUUUCCAGCUGAAUCAGGAUAAGAUGAACCUGUCGACUCUCCGGAACAUUCAGGGUCUUCACGCUCCGCUCAAACUGCAGAUGGAGUACAGAGCAGCCCGACAGAUCCAGAGGCUGCCGUUCUUACAGAGCUCUAAUCUCGCUCUGGACACCCUCAAAGGAAGUGACGACGUCAUCGGCUUUGAGGACAUCCUUAAUGACCAAACUCAGAGCGAGAUGAUGGGAGAGCCUCACAUGAUGGUGGAGUACAAACUGGGCCUGCUGUGAAACCAGAAGACACACACACAUAAACACACAUAGCUUCACAUUUAUUACAUGUCUGUAAUCAUUUGUUAAAUAAAAGAAGGAAAAAAACAUUCA